GUUUUGUUCAUGACAGCGAUCUUGUACUUGCAUGUUGGAUAUGCAGCAGCUACAUUUCUAUCCAUGGUCUAUUGAUGCCAUAGACCAACUGUAGAGCUUCGCAAGCUCAAUUUUCCCACGACCCCGGGGAUCUUCCCCACCAGCAAGAUCAUGGACCCUCCCCUGCCCUGGCGCGGCCGGCUCCGCACGGCGAACACGCUCUACGAGCUGGAAGAAGCGUCAACGACCAUCGGUCGCGACCCGCAGAACGACCUGGUCCUGGAUUCCCGGGGGAUUUCCCGCUUUCACGCCAUCCUCACCUUUACCAACACCAGCGGACCCUGUUUGACCGACAAGGGGUCGGCCAACGGGACGUUUGUGAACUCGCACCGGUUGGCGAAGGACACGCCGUUUCGGUUGAACCACGGCGACUUUAUCUUUUUCUCCGCGUACGAACGGACGCACUACAGGUUCGAACUCCCGGAUGGCGAUCUGAACAGCAGCAACAUCCUCGGCAACAUGCCGGAGUACGUCACCCCGCCCGCGAAGGAACCGCUGAUCACAGGCGGGUUUGAAGACGCGCAGGAGAUCCGGAAGCGACAGCAGUACCUGGGGGUCGAAAACUUGACCAACGUCGACCACCGCAUGGUCACGCCACGGCAACCCUUCGUGGGGGAAAACUCGAACUCAAGGAACAAGAUUUACUACGGGAAAAACGACGAGCAGAGGAGAGGACCACAGAGUGGCACAGCUGCCAGAACUAGCGUUAAUGCUGGUCGUCGGAACAGCAGCAGUAGCGGAAUGCUGGGCGGUGGUGGGGGAAACAACUACAUUGAGGAGGAGGAGGAAGACGAAGGUAUCAAAUGCAAAAAUGUCUGGGUCUGGAAGGUUGCAACUUGUAAUGCUAGCUCUCCAGCAUACCGAGGAAAUCUGUACUGCAUAGCAAACAAAAGACGCAGCCUUUUUUGUACAUGCAAAAACUCAUUUUGUCGUGCGGAUUUCCUAUCAGAAAGCGUUCUGAAAAGUUGACAUGCUGUGUUGCAUUCGGAACUGUUUCCAUCAUCCACAUUUUAGCAACACAAGUUUCCAGACCCAGACAUUUUUGCAAUGCAUAGAAGGAAACACUUAUCAAGACGACCUCUCCGAUAUUCGUGCUGAGCAGGCGCAGAACCGGAUGAGUCAGCGACGCGCAAGUGCAGGAGGAAAUAAUAGAGCUAGCGGCGUGCAGCAGACCAGGUUAGACGCAGUGGAGAAGCGGUCGACGUCCACGUCACGGGCGAUGCUAGGGGGCCGACGAAAUAAUGAUGAUGAAAACAACAACGACCUCGAGUUCGAAGACGGGGGUUUUAAGCCACGGAGCAGUAGCUCCACGAGUCUGCGAAAUUACAACGCGAUGAUGAGAAAUGACGAUGGAGCUGCUGAUCCUGCAGCCAACAGCGACGACUGGUCGAGUAAUCUGGUGAAAAAGAAGUCUAUCGCAACCCCCCCGGCAGUGAAGGAGAGGCUGGAUUUCUUGGAAAAGAAACUUUUAGAGACGGAACGGGAGAAGGAGGUGAGUGAUGUCAUGAAUCAAAGCGGGUCCGCCCGCGAAGGAGUUGUUGUACCAGGGGCGAGAGAACAUCAAAGCGGCGCUGUUUCCCUGUCUGGGUCGGGGUUAAACAGGAGCAACAGCGCCGGCGGCACGAACAACUUCCCCGAAUCCGGAUCGGCCGCAGGAUCUGCCGCGGCUUCGGGCGGCGGCGGAGGUUUUAAUAUUCUCGGCGGGUCUGGAUCUGGGUCCGGCGGAGUUCUCGUGCCGAAUACUGCAAGCAACCCUGCAGACCUCCUAGAAUCCUCAACGCUGUUGCAGAGCCCGGAUUUCGUGACGGACGUCCACACCCUGCAGCGCGCCUUGGAAAUUCUUUCCCGGAUUGGGCGGGCAGUGACAAAAGGCUACUCUUCCGCGGCGUCGCAACAAGUAACACCGAGGUUGUUCAACACGACUGUUGGAGCCGCGAACAAUAAUCUUCAAAACGACGUGACCAUGACAAACGCGGGAGAUGAACAAUCAGGCAAGUAUGCCGCGGAAGAUCAUGCCGUUGCGAAAACGUUAAACCGGACGGAUUUUUUCACGGCCUCAAUGCUGGAUACAAACAUGUUUCAGCAACAACAGCAGAAUGGAGGUGGUACAGGUAAUAUUUUCAACACGACGCCGAGAAAAAAGCUCAACAUCGACAAGGCGCGAAAGGAAGAGGAGCAGGAUCUGCUGGCGGUUCUGGCGAACUUUUUCCGGGGCAAGAACGAGGAUUCGAAUAAUCAAGCAGCAGUGCAGCCGAUUGUCCCGACAAUUUUGAACACGACAAAAAAACUAGAAAAGCUGUUCCGCGAGACGAAAACCGGCCAGGCGUUUCUGCAAGCCAUGUUGCAGGACGAAAGUAGAACUGCAACUGGCUCCAAAAUGAUAACGACCGGCGAUAAUUUUGAUACAGCAGGAAAUAAUCUUCAAAUGAACGCGGCUCAAAGCGAAGAGGAGUCGGAUUUGUCGUUUGGGGACGAGGAUGGAAACAAUUCGGACAACGACGACCUGGAGAAUUUAUCCGAUAAUUCCGAUUUCGACGAGGACCGACAAAAGAAACUGCAAAGGAUCCGCCGGAGCCGCGGGUAUUUGACCCAACUCGUGAAACAGCAGGACAUUGAGUUGUCCGAACUCCGCAGUAGGGCGAAUUUUUAUCAGCAGCUGUUUCCGGAUGGCGGACCCGCGACGGGAAUGAAGGCCAAAAACUCACUCUUAAAAGCCGACAAUCUGACCGCGUGGCGUGACCGGAUCAACAACGGCGGUGUAGCAGCUACUACAGGAGCUAGUACUGCAACCGGCGGCCCGGCUCUGCAGAGCUUGAAUAACGGGAUGCUGCAGCAACUGGAAACCGACCAGUUGAUCAAGCUGUCCUACCUCUUAGAAAUAUGCAUUGCAAAAGUAUGGUGCUCGUACUAGUUGCAGUGCAGCAUAACAGAUCUCGUGUCAUAGCUAAUUCAGCAUGACAAAUUCCAUGCUUCCUACUUCUGGAGAAAUUGCGAAUUAUGCUACUUGUUCUACUAGCACGAUACUUUUGCAAUGCAUAAGCAAACCAGCUGACCAAUUCCAUCGCGAAAGAGCAAACCAACGAGAACAGCCGGCACUGGAAGCAACUUUUGCUAGAAUCCGAGUUUUUCAAGUCCCGCAUUUUCCGCGCGCAGCAGAAUCUGAAAAAUCUCCGGGCGAAAAACCAGGUGAACGCGAAGGAGGUGUUGGCUCUUACGCAUGAGAAAAAAGCAUCUUCGCACUAAGGAGCACCAAUUGCAUAUACAAACUUUUUCAGGCUGUUGAAAGACAUCACAAUGUGCCAUACUAGAUCAGCAUCACCAGGUAGCGCAAGACAUUUGUCAUGCUGUACUACUGCAGUUAGCACGAUAUUGCGAUGAUUUUCCAUAGGAUAACGCUUCGGAGUAAACAGUACUCGGAGGAAAUGGAAGUCGAGGGGAUCUACGCAAACGCGGAGGUGGUCGGCGAGAGCGACCGACAAAGGGCGCGGAACAACUUUAACUUGGAAGAGGAGCAGCAGGCCUUUUCGUUGAAACUGUCAGACGAAAACGAGAAGUUGGGGAAAAUGAAGGAGUUCGUCUUGCAGGAAAAAUUGCGGCUCCAGGAAGCAGAGGACUUGGUGUUCAACGGAUCUUACGCAAGUGUAGAAAGUUUUUCAAGUGUAAUAUCGCUGUCGCUGUAAUUUUAAUUUGCCAUGCAGAUUCAGGUUCAGAUACGCAGGGCCCGCAUCUGUAGUCCUGCAUGCGAUGCCGCUAUAGUACGAUCUCGAUAUUACGAGUCCAACUUUUGCACUGGAUAGAUCUACUGGAGUGUCAUCAAGCGCCACAACUACGAGUACUACAGCGAACAAUGCAGAAAAUAACCUCCUCCAGCAAACUUAUGCAUUGCAAAAGUAUCGUAAUCGUACAAAUGCAUUACAAAUUUCCUCAGCGUAAGAAAUAAAGUUUGUAAUGCUGAUUUGCCUCAAGAAAAAAAUUUCUAAUGCGUGAUUGCAAUACCAAUACGAGCGCGAUACUUUUGCACAGGAUAGAACUUCUCUCCUAGCGAUUUCGAACCUUCUCGAGGAGAUCAAAAACGCGGGGACGUUGUAUGAUCUGCUCAAACGUUACAAUCUCAAACGUUCCAAUAGAAUCUGGGAUGUGUCUUGCAUAUAUGAGCAUGACAGACUCGCAGACCAUUCCACUUUCUGCAGCACAGAUUUCGGCACAUUUUUGUAGUGCGGUUUGGGGCUCCGGAACUUGUCAUGCGCAGUCCUAUGAGAAUUGGCUAGAUCAUGCACCUCUUGCAUCACAGAUUUCCAAAUUCUAUUGCAACGUUUGAGAUUGUAUCGUUUGAGCAGGUCAUACGUUGGAACGGGUGGUCGAGCUGGAGAACUGCGCGCGGUUUCUGUACUGGAAACUGCUCCACUUGGAGAAAGCGACGCGGAACGCAAAUCGGUUGACGGAAUUUCAACUCCGGGAGCAACAGCAGCAACAGCAAAAUGACAUCCUGAAAACGAAAGACAAGGACCCGCUGUCCGCACGGGCGAGGCGAAAGCAGACAGGAUGGAAUUUGCAGGAGCGGCUUUUUGGAGGCGAUCCCGUUGGGGGAAGUAGUACAACUGGGAAGAAGUUUUUGAAGCUGAAGCCCUCCGCAGUUCCUCCGGUACCGAAAACGGUGCAGGACGUAAUUGGAGUGAACGUCCAGGAAAUUGUCGCGAACCAUCGGAGUGCAGCUCCUUCGUCAAGGCUGCGCGCACCAGGACCAGGUUCGGAUCAAAGCGGCACGAGAAGCGCACCGACUGGUGGUGCAGCGAACAAUGCAAGCAAAAGUAGUAUCGCAAACAACAGUAACUCCAAACGCAUGGAGGAUUGCAUUGCGGAGGCGCUGAGACAGCACAACGUCGAGCAAGCCCGGAUGUUGAAGCAAUUGUGGCGGGAGAAGGAGACGAAGGAAAAGCAGCUGAAGGCGGAAAAGGAGAGACAGGUAAGUACGUAUUGUGGUGCGUUUGCCAGCAUGAGAUAAGUGAGGUCUUGUACAAGUUUUGCAUGAGAAAAAGCUGUAAACAUCCCUUUAAAUAAAACCUGUCAGGAGCAAGAAGCCGCGACCGCGCGUGCGAAGAAGGAGGAGGAGGCCCGACUGGAGCAGGAGCGGAUUAACGCGGGCAAAUCGGAGUUGGACGCCGCCUUUUUGGAAAACGUGAACGGGAAGUCCAUGUUUGGCGUGAAAUUCCACUCGCAAAACGUGAACCCAAACACCAUGGUGUCGUCCUCUGCGAGUGGGAAUGUUGUGAUGGAGGAACAGCAAGAACAGCAGCAAGUUUCAUUCCCCUCAGGAGGUGGUGGACCCGUACUACCCGACUUCAGUAACAACGUCAAAAAUCUCACCGUUGGCAGCGCGGCGAGCUUCCUGCCGGGCGACCAGAAACUCCAGCUUACCCCUCGAGGGGCGGGCUCCUCGUCGGUACAAAACACGAUCCGGGGGCCCCAGGACUUGAACAGUUACAGUCGGAAUCUGCAUGCGAGGAUGAACAACUACAACGACCCAGUUUUCGCGGACGGGACGAGUGCGAAUUAUGAACAACCGGAGGAUUUGGAAGAUAAGAUACGGCACCCGCAGAAAUACGUGCCGCAAAUUCUGGUGGAGCUGCCAGAUGAUUGAAGGAAGUAGAAAGAGAUUGUCUGCAGUACUUUCUUUAUCAGAAGAUAAGAUGCAAGGAGGUACAUAAGCUGCAAGAUUCGUUUGUCCACAACUCGCGAACGCGACUCGAAUGAGAAUUUACCUACGAUCAUAAAGACAAAAAGCUUUUUUGUUGAACAUGAAAUUGGAAGUGUAACUGCGCCAAGACUAUAUGCGCUGAAGACCUGCAGCGAGCUGCGCUAAUUUUUUGAUGCAGCGACCACAC